AUGGUGUCCGAACUGCUGACCUUGCGGAGCCUCCACACUUGUUUAAAUCACAAGCUCAGGUGUUUUUACCUGGUUGGAAAGAAGAACGAAUCCCUUAAAAGACUAUGCCUCUGGGGAGCGCGGUUCAGGUGUGACCAAGUGUCUUCCCGUUCCAGCAGCGCCACGACAAGCGGGGGCGAGAACGAUCGUGAAGACCUGGACCAGGAGUGGAAGCCCCCAGAGAAGGAGCUGAUCAAGAAGCUGGUGGAGCAGAUCGAAUUCUACUUCUCCGAUGAAAACCUGGAGAAGGAUGCUUUCCUGCUGAAGCACGUGCGGAGGAACAAGCUGGGAUACGUGAGCGUCAAGCUGCUCACGUCCUUCAAAAAGGUGAAGCACCUGACACGAGACUGGCGGACCACAGCCUAUGCCUUGAAGUCUUCCGUGACUCUUGAGUUGAAUGAGGAUCACCGGAAGGUGAGGAGGACCACCCCCGUCCCCCUCUUCCCCAACGAGAACCUUCCCAGCAAGAUGCUUCUGCUCUAUGAUCUCCACCUGUCCCCUCAGCUGUGGGCCCUGGCCACCCCGCAGCCGAAUGGAAGGGUGCAGGAGAAGGUGAUGGAGCACUUGCUUCAGCUCUUUGGGGGCUUUGGCAUUAUCUCCUCGGUGCGGAUCCUCAAGCCGGGGAGAGAGCUGCCCCCUGACAUCCGGAGGAUCAGCAGCCGGUACAGCCAAGUGGGGACCCAAGAGUGCGCCAUUGUGGAGUUUGAGGAGGUGGAGGCGGCCAUCAAAGCUCACGAGUACAUGAUCUCAGAAUCCCAGGGCAAAGAGACCAUGAAAGCGGUCCUGAUUGGCAUGAAGCCCCCCAAGAAGAAGUCCCCCAAGGACAAGAACCACGAUGAAGAGCCCGCCGUGAGCAUCCACCCGAGCAAGUCCCUCAACAAGAGGGUCGAAGCGCUUCAAUACAUGGGUGACGAGUCAUCCGCCAAUAGCUCCUCUGACCCCGAAAGCAACCCCGCGUCUCCCAUGGCUGGCCGGCGGCCUGUGGCCAGCAACAAGCUCAGUCCUUCUGGCCACCAGAAUCUCUUUCUGAGCCCCAACGCCUCCCCUUGCUCGAGUCCCUGGAGCAGCCCCUUGGCUCAACGCAAAGGCGUCUCCAGAAAAUCUCCCCUGGCUGAGGAAGGGAGGCUGAACUCAAGCACCAGUCCUGAGAUCUUCCGCAAGUGCUUGGAUUAUUCCUCCGACAGCAGUGCCACGCCUUCGGGCAGUCCCUGGGUCCGGAGGCGUCGGCAAGCGGAGAUGGAGACGCAGGAGAAGAGUCCUGGCGCGAGCCCUUUGCUCUCUCGGAAGGUGCAGACUGCAGACGGGCUGCCUGUGGGGGUGCUGAGGUUGCCCAGGGGCCCCGACCACACCAGAGGGUUUCACGGUGGGCACGAGAGGAGCAGGGCUGGUCCGUAAGAAAGACCUUCUAUUUUUCAUAUCUGCACCAUGGAGAGCCAGCUUCAUUUUCAAGGCCCUGACAAAUCCCUGGCAUGACUUAGAAUGUAACGCAGUCCCCCUUGAAAGGUUUUGUAUAUGCGUAGACCUCAUAAUUUAUAUAUUUGUAAUCUAUAUACGUUGUCCAGUACGUGGUGGUAUUAAGAUCGUCUUCUAGUGCAAAACACCCUUUCGUCUCAGCAUGACUGUUCUUUGUGAUGAUGCCUGAGGUGGGUGAGAGGCAAGGCUCUCUGAAGGACUGUGGGGCCGAGGGAAGGUGUCUUCCUGGGGACAGAGUCCUCCCCCCCUAAUGACUGAACUGUCCUCAGCAGGCCAUGCAUGGCUCCCUGAUUGCCCAGGGGGGUUCUGUUGUACCAUGGCAGCUAGGGGAGCGGACAGUCUGGUGUCUUCUGGGAUCCUAUGUACGUUUCUUGUCAAGCGAAUAAAGAAUAAAACAUGCA